AUGUCGCCGUCGGGAUCAUCACAGCCUACUGUCCGCUCGACAGCGGCUUCAACUCCAUCCAGCCAUUCAUCUGCUCGAGAAGUCGAGACCCUAAGAAACAAGAUUAGAGAGCUUGAAAAGCAAUUAUCCGAGGCAACAGGAACUCCUACCCAGUCAAGUGCCUCGACUCCAACAUCUGAGAUUCAAAUUACGACUUCUCACCAAGCUAUUAGCCGUACGUUUUGGCAUAAAACGAGACUAUAUGGCCAAAGUCAUUGGAUUGGUGGUAUCUCUCUGCUUCGUGAGAUGGUCGAGUCAAUGGAGCCAUACCUUUUGAACGAGGCAUCCAAAGCUAUAUCUGGCUUGCAAAAAUGUAAAUACCUGGGCAAGAUGAUUAAAUCACAGCGUGAUCCCCGAUGGCCAGUACCAAUAACGUCGAGCCUGCCCACAAAGGAUGUUUGUGACACUCUUGUUGACUGCUAUCUUCAAACCACGGAGAAGAUCUAUCGAAUCUUGCACAUACCAACUUUCAGAAAAGAGUACACGAAGUUGUGGUCAUCAGACACUCAACCCGAUUCAAUGUUUCUGGUUCAGCUGAAGCUCGUGCUUGCUAUUGGAACGAUAACCUAUGAUGAUGAUUUCACGCUACGCUCUUGGGCUACACAUGCGGUUUAUGAAGCUCAGACAUGGGCCUCCGAGCCAGAAUACAAGGCUCGACUGGGUAUCCCCUUCUUGCAGAUUCAAGUCAUGCUAUUGAUCGCCCGAGAACUCGUUGGUGUGGACGGAAGAAUGGUCUGGGUAUCAGCUGGAGCAUUGAUGCGAACGGCUAUGUACAUGGGGCUUCAUCGGGACUUGGCCUGUAUACCAAACAUGUCAAAAUAUGCGCUUGAAAUGCGCAGAAGGCUGUGGAACACAGUUCUGGAGGUUUGCCUACAGUCAAGCAUGGAGUCCGGAGGUACCCCGCUCCUUUCUCUAGAUGACUUCGACACACAGUCUCCGGGAAACUUUGAGGACGAGCAGCUUGAAGUGGAGGAUUCCAUCCCUCACCCCGAGAGCAAAUUCACAUCGGUCUCAAUAGCUAUAGCUUUGCGAAAGAUGUUUCCAAUACGUCUCGCGAUCGCAAAGUUUUUGAACGAUGUACGUUGCCAAGGAUCUUAUGAAGAGGCGAUCCGCCUUGACGCGAGACUAAGAGCUUGUUAUAAAGACUUGUGUGGGACCCUUCGCGAUCACAUCUCACGAUCCACGCAGAGUUCAAUUUCGAGAUUUGAGCUUCUUGUACUGGAUUUCAUUAUGCGUCGAUAUAUUCUAUCCAUUCACAUCCCUUUCUUUGGCCCGUCUCUGCAUGAAACAGCUUACGCGUUUUCCCGGAAUGUGGUCGUUGAGACCGCACUCAAACUAUGCACCUCGACCCGUGGAUCCCAGCCUUCAGCUGCAGAACUGUCAUUCAACACAAAACAUUCCCCUGGCCAAACCGAGUUCUCACGGCUGGUGAUAAACGGUUCUGGAUUCUUCCGCACAGCGGCCGUCAACGCAUGCUUCUUGAUUUCGAUUGAGUUGAAAGCAAAAAUAGAACAAGAAGAAGGAUUAAGUCACUUGAAUGUGCGACCUGAUCUACUUGCAGUAUUUCAUGAUGCGAAAGCCUUGAAUUUGCGUUGUAUAGAGGUUGGAGAAACCAACGUCAAAGGUUACGUAUUCAUAUCCCUCGCCGCAGCACAAAUCGAUGCUUUAAUGCGAGGUAUUACGAAAGAAAAGACUCCAUUGUUACUGAUACAGGCUGCUGAAGAUGCAGAAGAGGAUUGUUUGCCAAUUCUCGAGCGGUUUGCAGCCAAAGGCCAGAACGAGAAAGCUGGGGAUGGACUGGAAUGUUCCUCCACAAGCCAGCUUCCCGACAUGGUAGGAGAUUGGGACUUCAUGCUGGCCGAUGAUAAUUUUCAUUUCCCGGAUCUCGAGCCCGCAAGCUGGAUGAUGAGUGGAAUACCUUAUGGGAUACCCUGA